AUGGACAGAGCUGCUGUGGUGACGGGCCACAGGACUCCCCCACCUGAAUGCAACAUCUCCACCUCUACUUUGGCCUUUGACCAACACUUCACCACCACAGCUAAGGGAACACUCCUCCUGGCUGAGAUAGUCUUUGUCCAUCACAGGAUACAACAUGUCCCCUGGACUACACUGUCUCUAUGUUUAAACUGUAGUGCUACAGCUCUGUAUCUGGUGACAGCUGUGGUGGAUGCUCUAUCAGUCAAUCAGGCCGUCAGGGGACGACAUAACUACAACUGCUGGGCAGCAUCUGCAUUCUUUGCAUUCCUGACUACACUGUGCUACGCAGGCAGCACUUACCUGAGCUACCGUUCCUGGAGAGCCACAGAGCAGUCACCAGAGGAAACCUAAUACCCGUGUCGUCUCACCUUUCAUAACUUGGCAAGAGGCCGGCUCAGGAGGAGUUCCAUGUGCUCAUAGCUGAUAAUUAUAUAAUUCAUGCAGUUGAUGUUAAACUAAU